AUGCCACAGUUAAAAUCUGUAAAGUUCAGACAAGACAACGCUGGGUGCUAUCACAGUGGAAUUACUAUACUUGGAGUACGAGAACUUGCCAAAAAACACAACGUCGACAUUCGGAUGGAUUUUUCCGAUCCACAAGGGAGUAAAGGUCCAUGUGAUCGCAAAGCGGCCACAGUGAAGAAUCACUUGCGAUCUUACCUCAACUCUGGCAAUGAUAUAUCAAAUGCAGCUCAGAUGAAAACUGCGAUAGAAUCAGUAGGUGGCGUCCGUAGUGUUAGAGCUGUACUUUGUGGUCCCUUAACGAUUCCUGAUGCAGGUCCUUUUGGAAGAUGGGAGGGUGUGAGCUUUAUCAAUGAUAUUGAGUUCAAGGAUGAGCAUAUGAAGGUCUGGAGAGCAUACGGUGUCGGAGUAGGUAAAGAAAUCACAUACAGCAAUUUUCAGUCAAAGACGUCUCCUGCAGCAGAACUAAUGCCGUCCUUCAGUAAAUUGGAAGAUGCCUCGGACCCCAACCUAACAUUCUGUGACGUCACUCCAAGGCACAAUGUCAAGAAAAGGACAACAGAAGCCACAGCUAAAUCUCCUGAUGAGAGUAGUGACACAGAUGACAACUUGUUUACCUGCUCUGAGGUAGGAUGCGUGAAAACAUUUCAAAGGUUUUCCUCGCUCCAAAGUCACUUGGAUAUUGGCAAGCAUAAGUACGCUCUGGAGAGAGAAACCCUUCUUGACAAAGCUAUGCUUAGAUAUGCUGAAAACCUUGAAAGCGGAGAGUCAGCUUUUGACCAGAUUAUUGAGAGCGCUUCAGGAUCAAGUGAGUCAUUAGAUGUUCAGCCAUCACCAAUAGGAUGGGCGUUAAAAAGUAGUGCUAGCCGUUGCCGUCUUACAAAGAAUCAAAAGAAGUACUUGACUGACAUAUUUAUUCUUGGCGAACAGACUCGCCAGAAAGCAGACCCUGACGAUAUCGCGAGAUAUUGAUGGAUCAUCUCUAUUUAAAUCUGAUGAGUAUCUGACAUCCAAACAGAUUGCAAGUUUUUUUUCUCGUUUGUCGUCCAAGAAAUCUGCUCCAGAAGCCAAUAGUACAAGUGAUAAUGAUGAUGAUGAUGAUGAGGACGACAAUGAUAAAGACGAUGACUUAUCGUCAGUGAAGGAAUAUCACCGGAUUCGAGAUGAGAUUUUAAACGAGAUUUCCCUUAACCAUCCAAUUAUCUACGACUCGUACAACAUCUGUGGAAUGGCGGCAACUUCCAAGCUCCCCAAAUUUUCAAUAGCAAUGCUGCAAGUAAUAUGUAGAUAUUUUGAACUAGAUAUAUCUAGCGUGAAGCAGAAAAGAAAGAAGCCAUAUGUAGAUAUGUUAGUGAACUUAGUCCAAUCAUGUACGUGCAAUUCACCAAUUUAA